CUAGCAUUUAAUUUCUUACAACUUUCUAUAUAAUAAAACCUUAUACAAGCUUUUAGUUUAACAGUUCAUAAAGAACAUUACUCUUCAAAUUCCUUACACACCCCUCUAUUACCUUCCUUAGCAACUCUACUACACUAGCUUCAAAUCAAUAUGAUGAAAAUAGUGCUAAAGGUAGAACUCCAUGAUGAUAGAAUCAAGAAAAAAGCCAUGAAGACAGUAUCUGGUCUUUCAGGAGUUGAGUCUGUUGCCGUUGACAUGAAGGAUCAAAAGUUGAUAUUAAUCGGAGACAUAGACACCGUUAAUGUGGUUGAAAAGUUAAGGAAACUAUGUCAUGCUGAAAUAGUUUCAGUUGGACCAGCCAAAGAAGAGAAGAAGGAAGAACCAAAAAAAGAAGAGCCAAAGGAAGAGCCAAAGAAGAAGGAUCCAAAAGAAGAAUUGGCUGAGCUUGUGAAAGCAUGUGAAUCAUAUUAUAAUCAAAUGAGACAGCCAAAUUAUCCUUAUUAUUAUUAUAGAACUGUGGAAGAAUAUCCUAGUGGGUGUGUUAUUUGUUGAAAUAUUAAAAUAGUAUGGAAUUUUAAAGUAAAUAAAUGAGAAUAAAAAAGAAGUUUGAGGUUGGAGAAGAGUUAUGGUUCAUUUUGAUGAUAUAUUCCUUUUUUUUUCUUUUUUUUUUUUUUGUCUUAGGUAUAAAAAAGGGGACUACAAGAAGGGAUAAACAUAUUUUGUACUUUAUUUUGUGGGAUAGCAAUAUUUUGAAUUUUUCUUGUCUUAAUAAUACAAUGUAUUCAAAAUU